CUUAUUAUCCACACCUACAUAGUCACAAGCAGCCCAGCAAGGGAGCCUCUUAAUCGAAAAACACCGCACACCCGAUCGUCAUGGCUCCGCCACCUCUCGUCCCCGUCGCACCCCCGGCUCCCAUGCCCGCCUCGAGCCUCCCCCCUUCGUCCAUCGCUCCCUCCAACUCGCUCGUCAGCCGAACACAACGAUGGGUCGAAGAGAACAAGUACCUCGUCCUCGGUGCUGCCGUCGUCGCGGCCGGUGGAAUGGGUUAUUACCUGUACGCCAACCAGCCACCUGCUCUGGUCGAGCGUAACAAGGAAAAGACUGUAGGCGAGAGCAGUUCGGAUGAGGAUGCCAGGUCGAACGUCCCUGGACGCACCUCUCAAAAGUCGAAGAAGAAGAAGAAGUCCAAGUCCAAAAAGUCCAGUUCGACGGGAAAAUCUGAUCAGGGUCCUCUGUUGGAAGAGAGGGAUCCCGAGGAGGUCAAACGUUUGCAAGAGGCCAGACGGGAGGAGGAGUCUCGGAACAAGCAGAGCGUGACUUCGACCUCGACCUCUAGCACGACGACGACAGAGACCAAAUCCUCUUCCUCUGAGCCGGCCGAGAAGCCUAGUUACCUCGAGGGUAUCCCCGAAAAGAACGAGCUUUAUCGCAUCAGCGCCGAGGAGCGUAAAAAGUUUGCGACGAUGCUCAAGAACAGGGGGAACAAGCUUUACGCUCAGAAGCAUUAUGACGACGCUGCGGCUUGCUACACACACGCGCUCGAAGUCGCCGUCGUCGAAGAGGCCGUAUACUACUCGAACCGAGCUGCAUGCUGGCAGAACAUGACGCCUCCUCGAUACGAGCAGGUGCUUGAUGACUGUGACAAGGCGCUCAAGCUCGAUCCCGCCUAUGUCAAGGCUUUGAACCGACGGGCGACGGCUUUCGAGAAUUUGGGUCGGGAUGAGGAGGCUUUGCGAGACUUUACCGCCACGACGAUCAUGGAACGUUUCCAGAACGCCAGCGCGGGGGAGAGCGUGGAACGGGUCUUGAAAAAGAUUUCUACCAAAAAGGCCGAGGAGAUUAUGAAGGCCCGGGAACCCAAGUUGCCCAGUACGACAUUCGUGUCGAGUUACCUCGGCGCUUUCAGGCCUCAACCCAAGUUGACGCCCCCCGUCCUCCCGUCCGACUCGGUCAACACGGGUAACAACACGCUCAAGCUCGCCACCGAGGCCGAAGGUGCGGGAGAUUACACCCGAGCGUUCAUCCUCUGUAACGAGGCCAUCGAGCAGGGUGUCAGCGCCGACUGGGUCGACGGACAGGCGUUUGCUUACAAUAUGCGGGGAACAUACAAGUUCAUGGUUGGCGAUACGCCCGGGGCCAAGGCCGACUUUGAGAAGAGUUUGGAUCUGAAGCCCGACUAUGUCCAGAGUUUGGUCAAGGUUGCCAGCGUGCAUAUGGAGAUGGGCGAUGCCGCCGGAGCGUUUGGCGAUUUCGAGGCUGCCAUCCGACACAAUGCCAACGAUCCCGAUAUCUACUAUCACCGGGGACAACUCUACUUCAUCACGUCCGAAUACGAAAAGGCCGCGGCCGAUUACGACAAGUCGAUCGAGCUCGACAAGGAUUUCGUCUUUUCGCACGUGCAAAAGGCCGUCUGCGAGUACAAGGUCGGCAAGGUCAGGGAGAGCAUGGUCGCUUUCCGAAAAAUCCUCAAAGACUUCCCUCAGAGGUCUGAGCCGUUCAACUACUACGGAGAGCUCCUAUUGGACCAGCAGCGAUUCGAGGACGCCGUCAACCAGUUCGGUCUGGCUAUCGAGCAAGAGCAAUCCAAGUCUAACGGCGUCAAGAACGUCCUGCCCUGGGUCAACAAGGCGCUCGGAGUCUUCCAGUGGAAGCAGGACAUGCCCCAGGCCGAAGACCUCUGUAAAGAGGCGCUCGAGAUGGAUCCCGAGUGCGACGUCGCUAUCGCCACCCUCGCCCAGCUCAGCUUGCAGCAGGGCAAGAUCUCAGAGGCCAUCGACUGGUUCGAGAAGAGCGCCAAGUUGGCACGUACCGAGGUCGAACUCACCACGGCCAUCACUUACGAACACGCUUCCCGAGCGCAAUUGUCGUUCCUGCAGAAUUACCCCCAAAUGGCCGAGAAACUGGGACAACUCGCUUCGCAAUUGUCGUGAGACCGUAUCAAUGUACAAGCAGAGGAAUCAUAGGGUCGCAUACACAAAUAUCUCCAUUCAUGCAAGACCA